AUCUUAUCGGCGCUUGAAGUUGAACAAACUCAGUAUGAACUCUUUGAACGAGUUCUGACGGCGCUCACCUGAAAAUAACGUUGUGAACCAUGGAAACCGCGUAAUUCUAGUCGCACGUCACGAGCUACCCUGCGUCUAUCAGCCUGCUCGAUAAUGGCCGGGUGCGCAGCUCGGCCGAGGACCUAAGCUCGGACACACCUGUAAUAACGCUUCUGCAUGAGCAGCAGAAAUGAUUGCCAGUUGGGGUGUGACUAUACGAAUUGGCACUGGCGCCAGCGGCUCUGAUGCGAACUUUUGGGGCCCCUAAAGGCCUGGGUAUAUGGGGCAACCCAUUCAUGUAGCCAUAUGGCUGCUACUGCUAUUGGGAGGCUUCUUCGAGGCCGCCCGGGGCUCGGCGCGGCCAUGUAUUUCUCUCUCCGCCUGGGAGCCGCUCCGCUCGCUGCACGACGCGUGCUCCACCGAGACGACGUCCAACCCAGAUGGCCCCACGCUUGUGUCGCAGCGUCGGGCCGUGCGGGAGCCCCUGCUGGCGAUCACGCUGCAGUGCCUGGCCGCCGACACCUCGGCGCUCGCGGAGAUCCAGUUUGCGGCAGAUGACGUGGUGCCCGGGACGCCAGCGGCUCGGUGGCUGGCGGAGCGUGCGGCGCGCUUUGCCGGCGUCACCACUGCUGGUGUGCAGCUACGUCUGGCGUCGGGGCGGGCUGAUGGCGGCGGCGGUAGCGCCAUCGCGCAGCCUUCGCCGCCGCUUCCGGUUGCUACUGCCGCUACCCCUGUGCCCCGUGCGGGGCUGCAGCCGGCUGUAGCACCGGUGGCUCCGUACGGGCUCCGUGUGGAUGUGGCGGCGGAGCUGGGGGCCCUGGCGGAGGCAGGCACGUUGCUACCCCUGGGUCCGCUGCUGGCUCGUGACUCGCUGUUGGGCUGGUCCGGCGUCAGCAGCAGCCUGAGUGGGGCCGCCGAGUACAAUGGACAGGUGGUUGGCCUGCCGGUGUAUCUGCCCUACAUCGCGGCUGCGGCGUCGGCGCCUGCUGCCGCCCGCCGGCACCUCCAUGCGCUCAGCAGCACCAACACAAACACCGCCAGCAACACCAACACCAGCGGCAGCAGCGGCAGCACUAGCAGCACCGAUGCCGGGCACACAUCGUCAUCAUCAGCACUGGCAGUAGCAAUGAAGGCGGCUGCGGCCGCCAGUGCCGACGUUGGCGGCGGCGCCAUGCUGCUGCUGUACCGCCGCGAUCUGCUGGCGGCGGCGGGGCUGGCGGCGCCGCCAGCCACGUGGGUGCAGCUGCUGGCGGCGGCGGCGGCCCUGGACGGCCGGGACGGCGACGGAGAUGGCGUGCCGGAGGCGGGCGUGUGUGUGCAAUGGCACCCAGAGUGCAUCAGCCCCGCUGCUUCCGUGAACUCCAGCAGCAGUGGAAACACCACUGUCGACCUCCUGGAGGCGGCCAGGCUGGCGCCACUUGCGCUGUCGGUGCUGGCGCCGUUUCUGCAGUCCGACCCAACCCGGCCCGGCAUGCACUUCCACUAUACCCGCCUGCUCGCCCCCGGCGCCAACGCCACCCUCACGCCCUUGCUAGACAACGCUGCUACAGCCGAGGCGUUUCAGCUACUGCUUCGGCUGUGGCGGGCCAGCGCGCUGACAGCCAGGGCGGCGGCGGCGGCAGUGGCAGCGGCGGCUGUAGCAGGAGGGGCGGCUGGUGGCAGUAGCAGAGCUUGCGAGGCGGCUGUAGCGAGGGCCUUCCACGAGGGGCGGUGCGCGAUGGCGCUGGGCACCCUUGCCGACUUCAAGGCCGCCAGCCACGCAUCCUCCCCCGCCAACUCCCUGCGUGGCCGCCUGGCCGCCGCGCCCCUGCCCGGCACCACCCGUGUCUUGCUGCGGUCGGUGGGUGGCGGCGCGGCCGGCGGCAGCAACACCACGGUGCAGCUGCUGGCGGCGGGCUCGUCUGCGGGCCUGCAGCUGGUCAACUGCACCUCGCUGCUGUGCCCCCUGGCCACCGAAACCACACGUGACGAGCACGGCUUCACACGCCCCGUGAACCGCGCCACGUACCUCGCACCCACCAUCCUCAUGGUCGCGGCCACAGCCGACAGCCGCAGUAGCACCAGUAGCAUAACGUCUAGCAGCAGCAGCAGCAGCAACAGCAGCGGCAGUAGCCAAGGCGACCGGGAUGUGGCUGCGCUGCUGUCGUACUACCUGGCGUCUGACGUGGCGGGCGCGGCGCUGGACACGGCGGCUGUGCUGGAUCCAGACUUGGGCAUGGUGCCGGCUCGCCUAGACCAGACGGCGCCGGAGCUGUGGGCGGCCGCCGGCUACGACCACGGUGACGCGGCGGCGGUGCUGCCAGCUUACCGGUCGGCGCUAGCUUCGCCCAACCCCGCCUACCCGCUACGCAUGCGAGGGCAGGCCGCGUUCGGCGCGGUCCUGGCGGAGCUUCUGGCAGGCCUGGUGGCCGACGGCGCCGCCUCGGCAGCCACACGGCUGCCCGCACGGCUGGCGGCGGCGCAAGCAACCGCCGCUGCGGCGUACAACGCCGCCGCCAACCCUACCGCCUUUUCCGACUACCGCCGCUCCAUCAGCAGCCAACUGCCGCUGCCCUCGCCGCCGCCGCCGCCACCGGGCGCCGCCGCCGGCGGCUCGGGUUCUGGCGGCGUCGGCGCGCCGCCUGGGGACGGCGCCGCCGGCAGCAGCGGCGGCGACGGUAUGCCGAGCUGGGCGAUAACGUUGGUGGGCUGUGUGGGCUGCGUGGCGGUGGCGGCCGGGCUGGUGCUAUUGGUUCGUAAGGGACGGCUGGUGCGCGGCUGGCUGCGGUUCGCGGAGCGGCCCAAGGAGGCGCCGGGGCCGGGGCCCGAUACAACGUUGCUGCUUUCAGACAUUGCCGACAGCACAACGCUGUGGGAGGUGCUGUCGGCGGACGUGAUGGACCGGUCCGUGCGGCUGCACAGCAUGGCUGUGCGGCACCUGCUGCUGCGCCACCGCGGCUUCGAGUCGGCCACGGAGGGCGACGCCUUCAUAGCCGCCUUCGCCAACCCAAUGACAGCACUCAACUUCUGCGUCGACCUGCAGGUGACGCUGUUGGCGCUGGACUGGCCGAACGAGCUGCUGGAGAGGCCGGAGGCGGCGCCCGCGUAUGCCGUCACCGCAGUGGCACUUAACCAGCGGCGACGGGGCUCGGUGGAUCCGUUUGCCGCUCGACAACCCCGGCGCUACACCGGCGGCGGAUCAUAUGAGGGCGGCGCCGCCGUCAGCAUGUGGAAUGGGAGUACGGACAGCCGGCCGCAGCCGCCCUCGCCGUUCUACGGCCCGCCGAACUUUGGCGUGGCAUACUCGGAGGGCGGGAGCCGGCGUGGGGGCUCUAAGCACGGGGCCGACCCCUCUGCCGACCGCAGCAGUCGGACACGAGGGCCCGGCGCCGGGAGUAGCAGCGGCGAAGUGAUUACCUACAGUAACCCGCACUUCCAGCAGCGCUCGGCACCUGCUGCAUCUAUGAAUGCAUUUGGCAGCAGCGGCCGGGCAGCACUAUUGCCGGUCCCCGCCAAACGCGCACAUGGCGGCGACGGUCAACCAACUGCAGCUACCAGCAGUCGCACGCCAGCUGGCGGCGACGGUCAAGCAACACCCGGUGACGGUGUCGCCGACGGCCAACAGGGACACACCUUACAUGGCGAGCCCAGUCAGUAUGACGCUGUCCGGGACUCUGCUGACGUCACCAGCAGCAGGGCCCGGCCGCCACAAGCAGCCGGCUCGGCCGCCGCCGCCGCCGCCGGCACGGCACCGUCGCCCUUCGCACGCCACAGCGGCCCCGGUGCAGAUGGGGGGCUGCAUGCGCUGCUGGCACAGGCGCUUCAGCCACCUCAGCCGGCCGCGCAUGCCACAGGCGCGCCAGCCGGAACAGCUGCCGCAGCAGCGCCUGCGCCGGAAGCUGCGGCCUCCGGCCUCGUGUGGCGCGGCGGCGGCACCGUUGGGCUUGCCAGCGGCGCAGGUGUGAGCGGCGGCGGCAACGGAUGGAGCCGUGGCGGCGCUCGCAGCAGUCCGGGCUCGCCUGUGCAUGGGGGUGUCCCCUCAGGUCACGUUGCUAGCGGCGGCACCGGCACCGGUGGAGGGCUGCUGCCGCCCUCUCCGCGGUCCCAGCUACAGCCGCAGCUACUGCUGCUGCCGCAGCUGUAUCUGCAGCUCCCGCAGCACUCCCAUCCGCAUCAUCAUCAACACCACCCCCAACAUCAUCACCAUGUCAAGCGCGCGCACUCGCGCAGCCGCCUUUCGGCAUCGAGCCCUAGGGCUGCUGAUGCGGUGGAAGCAGCAGCAGAGGCGGGAGGCAGUAGCAGGCUGGCAGCUGGGCCGUUCAGCCUUGCUGCCCCUGCGGCUGCUGCCCAGGGCGGUAACUCGAAUGCAAGCUCUGCUCCCGGCGGCCUUACGGCAGUUGCGCUGCCUUCUGCACCCGGGCCCGGGCCCUGGCCUGGGCUGGAGCAAUCGCUGGUGCGCAGUGCGACUGCCACUGCUGCUGUCAUCAGCAGCCUUGGCGUAGGUGGUGCGUUUGGCAGCAGCUUCAGUGCCGGCGCUGUCCCCGGCAGCUGCAGUGGCGCCGUGACGGCAGCUGUGCUGCGGCUUUUGUCCGACGAGCCGGCUGGUCCGCCUCAGCCUCAGCCGCAGCAGCCUGGAGCCUGGACCAGCCCUCUAGAGUCAGAGUUGCCCGUGCCCAGCCGCCGCGCGGCGAUCCCGCCGCCGUCAGCUGCCGAGUCAGCGCGGCGCGAGGCUUCUGCUGCUGAGGCGGAGUACACCAAUUUUGUCCCGGUACCGCUGGCAGAGCUGCCGGUGGGCGCGGCAGCCGUGGCCGAAGCGCUUGAGGUUGCAGAGGAGCUCUCUGUGGACCCCGGCGGCGUUGCUGCCAGUGCCGCCGCGGCUGCCUCUGCCAUCGCCGCCGCCGCCGCAGAAAGCAGUGGCGACAUACCGGUGAUGCGCAUGCUGGGCGGAGAGGCGGUGGCCGCUGCUGCAACCGCUACGCCGACGGCUCUGGCGCCACGGCCACCGCUGCCGCACAACGCCGCCGCCAGCAGCCAGCGCAAGCUGCUAACCCAGAUGGCGAUGGGCAGCCGGCCGGCCACCACCAACGGCGGCGUCAGCGGCGGCCCGACUGCCGAGCAGCUGGGAGCCGCCGCCGGCGCGGAUGUCAGUGGCGGCGGUGGCGGCGGGAGCCGUGGCGGCGGUGGCGACAGCGUAUCGUUGGCUUCGUUCACGAUGCCGCAGCUGCCGUCGAGCAUUCUCGGAGAUCCAACGUUGUUGCUGACGGGUUCUGGGCAGCUGAACCUGCGACCGCAGCAGCUGCAACACCGCGGCCAUAGCAUAAGUGGAGGCCCCAUGGCGGGCCAGGCUGGUGGUGCUUCCUCCAGCGGCCGCCACCAGCACACGGAUCUUGUACGGCGGCUGUACGGCAAGGUAUCGAAUGCGGCCGCCACAGCCGCCGCGGUUGUAACAGGCGCCGCCACAUCCACUGCGGGGUCGAACAGCGGCGCAGGCGGCGGUGCGCGCGCGGGCGGCGGAUACGGCGGCUGCGGCGAGGACCGCCAGCCUAGCUACCACGUAAUCGAUGCCGACGACAACGCCGACUUUCUAGACGCUUCAAACCACCGCCGUUGCAGCCCACCGCGUAGUGCUGCGGUUGCAGCCGGUGGCAGCGGCCGCGGCAGCGGCGGCGGCGCGGGGCCGGCGGCGACGGCCGCGAUGGCUGCUGUGUCAUACAUGUCCCAUAUGCGGCGGCUUUGGCACCCGGCGCGCGAGGACCAGGCGGGGGCGCUGCUCAUCCACCGCGGCCUGCGCCUGCGCCUGGGCUUUCACGCGGGGCUGCUCAGCGCUGCCGAGGUGAACUCCAACGCCGCCACCGGCCGCGCGGCCUACAGCGGCGUGUUCAUGGCCGUGGCUCGAGAGGUGUCCAACGCCGGGCCGGGGGGCUGCGUGAUGAUGAGCGAGGCGGCGCGAAGGCGGCUGGUGGCGGCGGGCGCUUUCAAGUCCAGCACAUCCCUGGGCUGUUGUUACAUGGGGCACUAUGGAGGCACCGACUCCUCGGCAGCCACCGCCGCCGCCGUGGCGGCCGCCGCGGCCGCUGCCUGCGCCGCCGCCUGCGACCUGGCUGUUGUGGACGGCGCGGCGGGCUGCUGGCCGCAGGAGGCUCAGCAGGCCAUGCGCGCCACUGAUACCGCUCCCACGGAUGCUGCCGUAGUGGAGCAAACUCCGGUUCAAGCCAUGGCUCUGCCGCUGUCUGCCGCCACGGGUGCGGCGGCUGCGGCAGCGGCCGUGUGCACCGGCGGCGGCGCACCGCUGGCGGCGGCGCCCACAGCGCCAUCGCGCACCUGGGCCCCGGACAGAGUGGUUGCAGGCAGUGGGGGCCACAUCACCCCGAUGUACCAGCGCAUUGGCGGAGGUGCGGCUGUUGCUGCUGCUGCCAUCGGUCCUCCUCGCGGCAGCAUUGCUGCGGCCGUCAUCGCAGCCAUCGGCCGCAGCAGUGUAGUGGAGGACUCAGCGCACGCCGCGAACGCUUACAACGAAGGGCUGGAAAGCGAAGCCGCGCCCUCCACAGCAGCAGCGGCGGCGGCAGUGGCGGCAGCAGUGCUGCCGAGUCCUUUCUGCAAGCCUGGCGACAUGUUACGCGAAUUCGCAGCGGAGGCGGAGGAGGCGGCGGCGAUGACGACGACAGCACCACCGGCUGGCGACGUGGACUCAGCCACCGUCGGAGUCACUGCGGCCUCCUGUCGCCCGUCGCCGUCAUACCACCCCCAGUCGCAUGCCUCGACCGCCGUCGCCUCGCACUCACACGACACAAACGCUGGAGCGCUGCGCCGCACCGGCGGCGGAGCCGCCGCUGCUGGCAGCGGCGGCGGCGGCGUCAGCUGGCUUGCGGCGCCGUCGGGCCUAGCGCUCUACCAGUUGACCGGGGGCCCUUGCGAGCUGUUCACGGCGCGCAUGGUGCUGCAGGCGAUGCCGCUCAGCCGCGCGGGCGACAUACGACUGGCGGGCAGCCCGGUGGCGCCGGUGUGGGGCGGCGCGCUGGCGGUGGCGGAGGUGCACGUGCAGGGCGUGGAAGCAAUCCUGGCGUGGAAUCUGGAACUCGGCACGGAGGCGUUGCAGUUGUGCCUCACAGCCAUGCGACGUCUGGCCGUGCUGCGCGGGGACAGCGACCGCAGCGACCGCAACGGCGGCGGCGGCGGCGCCGUCCGCGGCGGCCAGGCGCUUCUUGCCGGCGGCGGUGCAGAUGAAAGUGUCAACAAGGGCAGGGCUGUGCCGAUGGAUCAGGGGAGCGGCAGCCAGCAGGGCUGCGGCAUCUACUUUUGCACGGAGGACGACCACCUGGCCUCAUCACUUGGCGGCGUGCACACCGCGGGCGGUGGCGGCGCCUGGUGGCCCUUCAGUCGCAGGCAACCCGCCGCAUCCCCGGCUCUGAUGGGCGCUACCCGCGGCAGCGGCAGCGGCAGCAACCGCGGUGGCAAGGCGGCAGCCGGCGACCUGCUGACAGCUAAUGACGCCGCCGCCGCCACGGCCAAUGGUGGAGGGGCCGGCGGCGGCGGUGCGGCGGCGGGCGGAUUCAUGGCGACGGGGCGUAUGGUGGCGGUGGCGGAGGACGCCUCGGCGCUGGUGGGCUGGGCGGCGGACGUGCUGAGCGCUGUGCCGCGGCUGCCGUGGCGGGAGGAACUGUUGGAGCAUCACUACUGCGCGGAGGUUGCGGCGGUGGUGAGCCGGAGCGGCGGCAGCGGCGGCUCCGCUGGCUCCGCCGGCACGACAGCUGCAGCUGGCGGCGGCGCCGGAGGCCGCAUCACAUCUGCAGGCCAUGGAGCGCACCCAGCUUCUGGGAACGGUGCCGGUGUUGGUAGUGGGGGUGCUACCACUGCCGCUACUAUCGCUGGCUUGGCAGCCUCUGUGUCACUGGCUGGCCGCGCGGCAUCCUGCGCCUCGUCGCCGCCGGGCUCACCGCGACCGAGCGGCUUCACACUGCACGCCAGCGGCAUGAGCAUGUGUGACACAGGGCCCAGAUCUGCCGCCGCCGCCCACGGCAACAGCCAAGCGCUGCUGGAGAUCGAACCCUACACCAGCGGAGGCGGUGGUGGCGGCGCUUCUGCGGCCUUUGCAGCCGGAAGCCACUCGCCGGUGGCUCCCGCUCCGACCUCGUCGCGCGCUGGCGGCGGCGGGUUGCUGGCGGGCGCCCGCGCGAGGCUGGGACUGAGCAGUCCCAGGGCCCCCCGCGGCUUGCUCACGCCUGGUGUGUCCAUCGCGCUACCCGAGGAUGCGGCACUCAGCGACGCACUGGCCUCCUCCUUCCUGGCGAGCGGCCUGGCUACUGCCAAGGCAGUGCUGGCGGCGCCGCCGCCGCCGCAGCCGUCAGCAGGCAGCAUGCGCUCUCCGCGACUGUGGGGCCCGCACGUGUUGCACUCUCCCGGCGGCCGCAUUCCGCACAAGGUGUCUGCGGGCAGCAGCGGUGCCGUCAGCGGCGGUGGUGCUGCUACUGCCACGGCCCACAACCGCACGUCCAUGGACCUGACGCCCAACGCUCGCGGCAACAGCACCUCCACCGGCUUUGGCGUAGGCACGGUGUCUGGGCCGCUGCCGCAGCGGGCGCUCCGCCCCAGCAGUGCCCACUGCCCGCGCCCCGCGGCUGUUGAUAGUGCCCUCUCCGCCGCCGUGGCGGCCGCCGCCGCCAGUGGCAGCGCCGCCGCCGCCAGUGGCAGCGCCGCCGCCGCCAGUGGCACCGCCGCCGCCGGCCUGGGCGCAGCAGUGCCGGGCGCAUUGCCGCAACAUAAUGCCGGCGUGUCUGGACCGCUCGGCGGCAGUGGCUCCCUCAUGCAUGCAGCCAUCGCGGAGGCUGUCUCCAUCGCCGCCGCUUCUGCAGGCGGCCGCGGCGGCGGCGCGUCGCCUGGCCUAGACCGCGAGGACAGCUGGUCCAACAGCCUGAUUGAGCACAUCGGUGAUGACGCCGAAACCAUUGACGAAGAGGACCUGGAUGCAGAUGGUGACGCCGUCCACGAGGUCGUUGCCAGUAGCAUGGAUGGCGGCUCUGGCGGGAGCGGCAGGGGCGGCAGGGCAGCCUCCGGCGCGCCCUCACGGAGCCUCAGCCACCUGGGCGGCGCCGCCGCCGCCACACGCCGCGCGUCAUCACAGGGCUUAGUGGUCAGCUACCCGCGUGCACCGCGCCACUCCCCGCCCCACUCCAGGUCCAGCUUCGUCGCGCUUCUGCCGCUGGCGCCGCCGGCGGAUGCUGCAUCCCGGAGGACUGCACCCGGCUUCGCAGCUGCAGCCGGCGCCGUCGGCGCCUGCGGCGGCUCGGUCGAUGCUACAGCCUCAAUUGCAACGGUCGAGGAAGGUGAGGCUUACACGGCGCCCUUGCACCUGCCAUCGGCAGCUGCAGCCGCCGCCGGUGUGGGGCGCUCGCUCCUGUCGCCGCAUGCACACCGCGGUGUCGCCAGCCGGCCGCCGUCGUCAGCCCUCCGCACCAGUGCGCGCUUCUACAGGAGCAGCACGACCGGCUUGGUGGGCGGCGGCAGCAGUAGGGGCGUUGUUGGCGGAGUCGGUGGAGGCGGCAGCCCAGGCAGCGUUACGUUUGGCACAUACCGCACCGCCGGCAGCAAAAUGCACAGCGACGGGCAUUCGUCCGCCGCCGGCGCCGAUGCAGUGGGUGCCAUUGCCCGGUCUGCUACCGCCACCACCAACAGCGGAGGCGGCGGCGGUGGGCGGGUGCUGGUGACAUCGGUCCGGCAAGCGGCGGCCAGGGCGCCGGCGGUGUCGCUGUCACCGCCGCGGGCCGGUGCCAGUCGCGGCGCUGAUGCGGCAUCUGCUGCCGCUAGCAGCCUGCUCCAGCAGCGCACGCGACCCAAGUCCUCGACGGCGGUGCCUCAUGCCGCGUCUGCUGUGGUGUCGGCGGCAAGGCCGCCGCUGCGGCACUCCCGCACCGGCCUGCCCACCGAGAUGCCUUGUGCCGAUGUCGUUGACGAGGAGGAAGAGCUGCGAGGCGCCGCGCCCGGCACAGCCCCAGUCGGCUCGACAGCGAUUCUGGCAGCAGUUGGCGGCAGCAUAAGAGUCAGCGAGUGUGGUGGGGUAGCUGCUAUGGCCGCCGCCACUACAACCGCUACUCAUGCAGCCUCGCGUGGUGCCGGCGGCGUUACAAUCGCUCGCGGCGGCCUCUUGUCCGCCGCGGUACGCGCUGCAUCUGGCGCCUUGGCACGCUUCCAUCGCGUGUCGACGCCCGUGGAAGUGAGCGGCGGCGGCGCCGUCACGGCUUGUGCGUCUCUUGCCCUAGACACAAUGGAUGACGCCGCGGAUCUUGAGCUGCCAGAGCUGGCAGCAUCUGCGACAGUGGCGGCGCCGCCAGCUGGUGGCGGCGGCAGCGGCGGCGCGGCUGGCGGCGCCGCCGGUGGCUGGGGAGCGCAGCUUGUGCCGCCGGAGCUUGUGGUGUUGUUCCGUGGCCUUCGACUUCGCAUCUCGCUGGAUGUGGGGAGCCUGCAGGGCACGAUGGUUCGCUCCACCGGGCGCAUCGCCUACCGCGGCCGUGCCCAGCAGCGCGCCGCACGCAUGGCAGGUCUGGCCCGAGCCGGCCAGAUGCUCGUCAGCCCAGAGCUGUUGGAGGCUGUGGCGCAGCAGCACCACCAGGGCUCCGGCAGUAGCGGCAGUAGCGGCAGCAGCGGUGGCAAGACCGCGGCCGCCGCGGCGGCCGCGGCUGCAGCGGCCGGUGUUGCGGCUGGUGCUGGCGCUGGUGCCCACGCCGCCACUGGGCAUUGUGGAUCCUCCGUGCCCGGAGGCGGCGGCGGCGGGAGCAGUCACGCAGGGCCAUUUACCAUCCCGUCGAAUCCUUACAGCACACCGCUGCUGCGCACUGCGGCGGCAGCCUCCGGACCGGUAGCGGCGCCGCCUCCACCGGGGUCCCUCUUACCGCGGACACUGCUGGUGGCCUCCGCAAGCGCGCAGCAACUGACUGACAUCGCCAGUGGUGGUGGUGCUGCUGCUGGCGGUGCAGGUGGGGGUGGAGGUGGAGGCACAGUGCCUCUGCCAGCUCUGCCGUCGCCGCAGCUUCUGCAGCACCACUCACAUCCCGCCUCCAGGGGCCCCAUGCCAGCCUCUGCGGCACAGGUGCAGGCGCAGGCGCAGCAACUUCUGUGCUCGCAGCGAGCAAAGGCGCCGCAGUCAACGUCAGCCACACCGCAUUUGUCGCCAGCGCCGCUUGGCGCCCCUGCCAGUCUGCCGUCUACUAACUCCGGGGUUGGCCUGCUGUCAGCGACAGUAGCGGCAGCUACGGCGGGAGCAGUGGUGGGUCAGCCGCCGAGACGCCCGCGCCCGCACCACUAUCACCAGAUAUCGCCUGUGCUACCUACCACUGCGGCUGCUGGGACGGGCAGCAGCAUUGACCCGAAUCAGCCCAAUGCGACGCGGUCCGGUGGGGCAGCAAUAAUGCUGGCGGCCCUGCAGGCUCAGGUGGAGGCUGCGGCGCUGGCGAACGCGGCGGCCGGGCCGCCGGUGACUGCUGCUGCAGCAGCAGCUGCUGCUGCUGCUACUGACGGCGGCAGCGGCGGGUAUGGUGGCGGUGGUGCCAUGGCAGGCCACAGCAACAGUGGCAGCAGCAGCCCCCAUCUCUUGAGCGCCAUCGCCCGUAACUGGCCGGGCCGCGUCAAGCCAACUUCACCGCUGUUUAUUGGGGCCGGGCCGCUCAGGCGCACGGCCGGCGGCAGCGGUCCCAACAGCACCAGCAGCAGCAGUGCGCCGGCGGCGGUGCAGCCGCUGCACAGCAUGCUGGCCGUUGGCGGCGGCAUUGCCGCCCGCGGCACCGCAAGCGGCGGACCCCCGACAGGGGUGACUUGCACGGCGCCCACGUUGAGCCUGGUGCUGCCGGGUCUGUCCACAUCCAUGCCGGCAGUUGCAGAGGCUCUCGAGGAUUCAACAUCGCCGUCGACACAGGCGGGAGCCGAGACACCGACAGCCGCUUCCGCCACCGCGGCAUCGGCAGCGGCAGCCGACGUCAUCGCGCCCCCUGCCUGUGCAGGCGGCGCGCUUGAGAAUAAAGCAAGCGCGGGUGCUACUGUCUCUCCGCCUGCGCUGGAGUCGGAGUCAGGCCAGGCAGGCAGCGCCGCUGGCGCGGCAGCUGCGGGUUGGAUGCUGCGGCGGAGCCUUGAUGACUCGCCGGCGCGCCAGCAGCGUGCCGGUGCGGCGGGCCCCUCCUCGCAUAGCCAGCAGCAGCGCUCGGCAGCGCUCGGUACGGCGGGUCCGUCCGCCGCCGGCGCCAGCGCACCCGCGUCGCAAUCGCACGCGUUCCUGCGCUCUGCCUCCCAGCAGCCGCCGCAGCUGCAGACGGCCGCCGCGGCGGCGGUGGCUGUGACAGCCGCACUGACGGCGGCGGCUGCGCCGCCGCCGCCGCCUCCUUCAGUGGAGCCACCGUCGGCGGUGCAUGCCAGUGGCGGCAGCGACAUGCAUGCGUACGGCGGUGGCGGCGGCGCGUCGGGUACGGCAGGUCCUGCUGUACCGCAGAUGACGUACUAUUCGCACGUGCUGGGCGGCCCCUCGAGGCUCCUGUUUAAGCUCGCGACGUCGGGCAAGGCCCACGGCAUGUACCUCGUGCAGCAGUCGCCGGUUGAGGAGCCGCCACCGCAGGCCGCUCCUACAGCCGCUGGCGGAUGUGGCGGCGCUGGCAACGGCCGGCCUGCAUCUGCCUGGCCAGCCAAUGUCUCCAUGUCGUCUCUCUGGGCAAGCCGCGGGGGCGCAGAUGCCGCCACGGCUGUAGCAGCAGGCGGCGGCGGGGUUGCCGUUGGAAGCAGCAUGGGCGCCAGCAGCCAUAAGCUGUCGGGGGCGUCUGCCACUGGGCUUGGAGGCGGCGCCGGAGGCUUUGGAGGUGGCGGCGGUGGUGGCACCGACAACAUCAGCCGCGGAAGCGCCUACAUGGGCGACCGUAGCGGCGCUACUAUUAGCGGCAGCGGCGACGGGCCAGAGUCGCCGAACUUGAUGCUGCGACCUGGAGCAUCAGCUGCCGGCAACUUCCCUACAUUGUUCGAGUGAGCGACUCGGAAAGAUGCAUGCAUGCAUGGUUGCUGGGACGGCAGUACGCAUCAGCCUGCAGGCCUCUCAAGUGUUGUGCUCGCUGGCUUUCUCGGUUUCACAUUGUUGUCGUUAAAAGCAUCGUCGAUAACGCAUGUGUGUGCAAGAGCACGAUGGCCAUCGGACAUUCAACGUGCUUUCUACAGGGACUGAGACUGAGCUGUGUGACUUCUUACUCGUUGAGAUGGGGGAUUGAGUGCAUUACAAAUGUGCGUGCCAUUGGCGGGGGUUGAAACUCGGAGAUGCGGGGUUUACAGACUACAAAUAGGCGCACGCGCUGGCGCGCACGGCUUGGGGUAGGAAAGUUGCAGCGUGUGGCUGCGUAUGCUUGGGUUUGGCUGCGCGGAGUGAGUAAUGCGCUGCGGUAUCGCCGCUGAAGAGUAGGGUUGCAUGCCGCUGCGUCAGCAAACAUCCGUUGAAGUCGUGCCGCACCACAGUUGUGGGAUAGGCAUGGAAGACGGCGAUACAGCGCCCUUCACAGUUAUAGAUGGGCAUGGUGAUUCUACGCGCACACACGCACACACAUACACAAACGCACAUGGCACUGUGGUAUGCAAUCGUACAAUUUGGUUGUGAUCUCGCACGUCACCGGAGAACAGUUACUUGUCUGGAAAUGCUCUCGGACUUUGAGUGCUGCACCAAGGUUGAUAUGGCGCAGCACAAAUUAUGGUGCCCGUUGUGCGACGCGGCACAAGGCUUGUUUGAGGGCUUGGGUAUACAAGCCCGCAACAAUUAUUGCUUGCUGCCUGUUGCCGGUGGAUAUCAUACUCUGACAAAUGUGGGGCACUGUGGUCUGGGGGCGUUAGAGCUGGGGGAUUGCGAUGGAUCGUGUACUCGUGUACUGCAUUUGCGGGGAUGCAACGUUCGCUGUUGGGUUUGGGGAAAGAAUGUUGAGAUUCACAUGACCGCUGCGCGCUGGCAGGUUGUGGUCAACCUGUCGGGACCUGAGGUGGUUGCAGUUUAGGUUUGGUUGGGCUGCUUGGGCCCUGGUCAAUCGAGUGUUGAUGGAGGAGGCAGAACGUGUAUGGGGGGGGGGUUCGAGUUCGGGGGUUCUUCUUAAGUUACUGGGUUUACGGAGGCGGGGUGAGACUGGGCGGGCAUGAUCGCGCAGGUGUCUAUCGUUGCGCAAGGGUGCCGCAGCUGCGGAGGUGGUGUGUCGGGUUCAACGGGUAGUCUUGGUGCCUCCGCCCGCCAUGGCCUGGUGCAGUGCACGUGCAGGCACGUGAAGGACGGAGUACAUGGGGCGCAGCUGCACAAGCCCACGGGCAGCCUUGCGGCCAGCCCACGGCUUAAGAUGCUGUGACGCUGCUGCUGUACAUGCGGAAUUGCGGAUCUAAAGCGGACGCCUGAACCUGGAUGGCCGGGGUGCCCUGGAAUGUAGUGGUGUCCGUGCUGGCUUUAAGCUGACCUCCUGGUUCUCACGUAGAGUAGA